UCUUCCCCCUGCUGGCUCAGUGCGGACGUCCGUUAUGUUACGGUGUCGGACAGAGUGGGACUCACGGUCCGAACUGACCCCGAAAAAGUUCUGAAAACACACAUUAAAGGUCCGAAGCGGCUCACCGCAAGGCACCGACCCUAAAUCCUCCGUUAUACUGACACAGACACCCAUCACGCCCCCCAGCACAGGUAGUCCCAGUCCGUCUCAACUCCGCGGGGCCCGGCGAGGCGCAGUGGGAGCAGAUGGAGCCUGCACCGGCGAAAGCGAAGCCGCAGGGCCGGCUCCUGGUGUCCACCCCACUGGACGCCAAAGACGAGCUGGAGGAGAGAUUGGAGCGCUGUGUUGGAAUCGUCCAGGCACUGACCAAUGGACUGUCAGAGAGGGAGGCCAAUGACGCACUCACGGCCAACGCAUGUAAAGGUCAGCAACAGCAUGAGGAGGUGUGUUUGGGUCUCUUCACACUGGUCCUCACAGAGCCGGCUCAGGCCCAGAGGUGUUACAGAGACCUGGCACUGGUCAACAGAGAUGGGAUGAACGUUGUCCUGGUUAAAAUCAACCAGAUCUUGAUGGAGAAGUUCCUGAAACUGCAAGACGUCCCCCGAACACAGCUAGUGUGGCUGGUCAGAGAGCUGGUGAAGAGUGGCGUGAUGGGAGCUGAUGGCGUCAUCAUGACACUGCUGAAACAGAUUGCAGGCGGAGACAUCUCCACCAAAAACCUGUGGCUGGCUGAGAGUGUCCUGGACAUCCUGCUCGAGCAGAAAGAGUGGGUAUUGAAGAGUGGGAUGCUCAUAGCGAUGUCAGUCUACACUUACCUUCGCCUGAUUGUGGACCACGGAGCUCCGAACUUGCUGCCUCUGCGCCAGAAAGAAGUGGACUUCUGCAUCAGCAUGCUGAGGGAGAAGUUCAUGGAUUGUCUAAUCAUCGGCAGAGAUCUGGUUCGUCUGCUGCAAAAUGUUGCUCGGAUCCCAGAGAUGGAGCUGCUGUGGAGAGACCUGCUGCACAAUCCUCAAGUCCUGAGCCCUCAGUUCACGGGUGUCCUCCAACUACUGACGGCUCGGACCUCCAGGAAGUUUCUGGCCUGUCGACUCACACCAGACAUGGAGACCAAACUACUGUUCAUGACCUCCAGGGUGCGUUUUGGGCAGCAGAAACGGUACCAGGACUGGUUUCAGAGACAGUACCUGUCCACAGCAGAGAGCCAAUCACUACGCUGUGAUCUGAUUCGCUACAUCUGCGGGGUAGUACAUCCAUCCAAUGAGGUCCUGAGCUCUGAUAUCCUGCCACGCUGGGCUAUUAUUGGCUGGCUGCUAACCACUUGCACGUCAAACGUGGCGGCCUCCAAUGCUAAGCUGGCUCUCUUUUAUGAUUGGCUGUUCUUCAACCCUGAGAAGGACAGCAUCAUGAACAUAGAGCCAGCCAUUCUGGUGAUGCAUCACUCCAUGAAACCUCAUCCUGCCAUCACUGCAACGCUGUUGGACUUCAUGUGCAGGAUCAUCCCUCAUUUCUUCCCUCCUUUGGAGUCUCAGGUCCGUCAGGGUGUCUUCAACUCGCUAAACUUCAUUAUGGAAAAGAGGGUCCUGGCUCACCUCGCUCCACUGUUUGAUAACCCAAAGCUGGACCGAGAGCUCCGGUCAAUGCUCAGAGAAAGAUUCCCCGAGUUCUGCAGCCCACCAUCACCUCCUACUGAAGUGAAGAUGGAGGAGUCUGUUUCCAUGGAGAUGGACAAUCAUGUGUUGGACAAGGAGGAGAGUUGCUACGACAACACAGAAGCAACUUUCAGUGACGAUGAGGAGGAAGUCAACAACAAAGGAAAAAAGAGGGAGUUCAGAUUUCAUCCAAUCAAAGAGGCUGUGAUCGAGGAGCCUGCUGAUAUCACACCCUGGCUUGACCAAUUAGAUGACACAAUGAAGGAGAAGGUGCAGCAGAUUCAGAAGACCAGUGACACAGAGACUCAGUGUGAGGUGAUGCAGGAGAUUGUGGAUCUCAUCCUGGAGGAGGACUUUGACACAGAGCAGAUGUCAGCUCUGGCUUCCUGUUUGGCCGAACUGUUCAAGGAUCAUUUCAGAGGAGAAGUCCUGCCGGAGGAGAUCACAGAGGAGUCCCUGGAGGAGUCGGUUUGUAAACCCGUUUGUCUGAUCUUCAGGAACCUUGUCACCAUGCAAGAGGACAACAGCGGUUUCUCAGUUCUGCUAGACAUGCUUGCUGAACUUUACCAGAAGCAGCCAAAGAUCGGUUAUCACCUGCUGUACUACCUGAAGGCUAGUAAAGCAGCAAAUGGGAAGAUGAUGUUGUACGAGUCAUUUGCUCAGGCGACGGCACUUGGGGACCUCCACACUUGUCUGAUGAUGGACAUGAAGGCUUGUCAGGAGGACGACGUCCGGCUACUCUGCUACCUCACACCCUCAAUUUACUCUGAGUUUCCAGAUGAGACGCUGCGGAGUGGCGAGCUUCUCAACAUGAUCGUCGCCGUUAUCGACUCCACACAGUUACAGGAGCUGAUGUGUCACGUGAUGAUGGGGAACCUGGUGAUGUUCCGGAAAGAUUCUGUGCUCAACAUCCUCAUUCAGUCACUCGAGUGGGAGACCUUCGAGCAAUAUAGCACCUGGCAGCUGUUUCUGGCCCACAGCAUUCCCCUGGAAACCAUCAUCCCCAUCUUGCAGCACCUCAAAUACAAAGAGCACCCUGAGGCCUUGUCCUGCCUGCUGCUGCAGCUUCGCAGAGAAAAGCCCAGCGAAGAGAUGGUGAAAAUGGUCCUGAGUCGUCCCUGUCACCCAGAAGACCAGUUCGCCACUAGCAUCCUGAGACACUGGGCUACCAAAUACGACGACACACUGGCAGAAAACAUAAAGGCCCAGCUGAUCAAGAACAACAACCAACCCCGCAAGAGACAGAGUCUGCGCAGUUCGAGCAGUAAACUGGCUCAGCUGACCCUGGAACAGAUCUUGGAGCACAUGGACAACCUCAGACUGAGUCUGAGCAACACCAAGAACAACUUCUUCACUCAGACUCCGAUACUUCAGGCUCUGCAGCACGUCCAAGCAAGCUGUGAUGAGGCCCACAAGAUGAGGUUCAGCGAUCUGUUCGCCCUGGCGGAGGAAUACGAGGACUCUCAGACGAAGCCGCCAAAGUCGCGCCGUAAAGCUCCAGCCUCGUCACCUCGUUCCAGGAAGGGAGUCGCUCCACCCACCAACAACGAGGAAGAAAGUGCAUCCAGCAGCGGCUCUGAGGAGGAGGACUCAAAGCCCAAAGCUCCAAAGAGGAAACGGAAAGGAUCAUCAGCUGUUGGCUCUGACAGUGACUGAAGGAACCUC